AGUACCUCCAUCUCGCAACCAGCUUUGCCGUGUGAAACCCUCAUCAUAUAUUCGAUAAGGUUUACUCUAUAAUCAUGUGGCUACUGAAAUUGCCUGGACUCUCCAGAAUCAGGAGAAUAUACCCGGAAGCAUAUACCCCUUACGUUUCAUUCAAGAUGACUGCGAGCCGACCUGUAUGGCUGCCAAAUUCUUUGGCGUGAGACGCGUCAUUUCCCUCGCAUCUGCUGAAAUUUCAGACUCAAACACAUGUUCCAUCUAAACAGCUUUCACCGAUCUAACCUCCAGUACAUCUCAAUGACUGCUACACGCUCCCUUAACAGAAUAGCCAAGCCUGUUCCCAAACUGAAGACAAAGCCUCUGCUUCCUGCCGAUAUUAGCUUGAAGCCGGAAACUAAAAACUACAAGAGGUAUCCCGCUGACCCUGUCACGGGCUCCAGAUACUGGCUCAUCAAGUCAGAACCAAACUCCAGAAUUGACCCGAAAACGGGCAAAGAUGCUAAAUUUGCGCUAUCUGACUUGCAGUUGGUGGAGUACGAGCCGUGGGACGGUGUGCGCAACUACGAGGCCAAGAACCACAUGUUAAACAUGUCGGUUGGUGAUAUCUGUCUCUUCUACCAUUCCAACUGUACAGUCCCGGGAAUUGUGGGACUCGCAGAAGUUGCCAAUGCAGCCCAUCCGGAUGAGCUUCAGUUCAACGCCAAGUCAUCGUAUUACGAUGCCAAGUCAGACAGGGCUGCUCCACGAUGGUGGUGUGUGGAUGUCAAGUUCAAAAGGCGGUUUAGACACAAGGUCAGCUUGGUGUCUGUGCGAGAAAACUCCAAUUUAGCCGAUAUGGUGUUGGUGAAGCGAGGACGUUUGAGUGUCACGCCAGUAUCCCCCGAAGAGUAUGCCGAAGUGCUCCAGAUUGAGGACAAAGGCGAGGUGGAUGACGAAAGCAUUGACUGUGUGAUCGACAGAAAGUUUAUUAAGGAAAAGUAAAGCAGGUUUUCAGUUUCGACGUAGAAUCGAUGUCUAUCUUGCAAUCUUGUGUCAUGGCUGUCCAUAAGUCCCUAGCGAUUUUAUCACUUACACGAUCUUUACCUGGUGAAAUGUCAAGUUUGAUAUCUCCAGAAGGUUGGGACUUACAAAAGCAGUAAAAACUAACCAAUUAUACGAAAUUCCUCUUUUCCGUGAGAUUGUUAAAGAUUCGAGACGUGCUCAUGGAGAAUACCUUGGUGGAAUUCAAUGUUAGUGGGUAUCUAAAGGCAGGCUGCCAAAUAGAACAACUAUAGCUUCGCCUAAUAUUCCAUCUUACUGCCAAUACCUUACAGGCGCCAAUUGAGAUUCAAACCUAAUGAUUCAAGCCGUUGGUGGCUUGCUUUAGAACCCAAAGACCAGAAAAAAAAAUACAACUUUCAACUUCAAACCCUA